UCACCAAAACCUGACCUCGCUUUCCCUCGAAGGAAAAAAAACUGACCUCGCACAAAGCUCUGCUUCCCCGUUCCCUGACUGCCACAGUGACCUCGGCUCUGCUGUGCUCCGAGGCGCCCGUGAACAUCCAGCCCAUGGCGGAAGAAGCUGCGGCGAAGAGGACCAAGACGGAGAUGGAACUUGGAGAGGGGUCAGAGCCAGACGCAGCGGAGGCGGCGCAGGUGGAAGGGGAGAGUCCUGGCGGCGUCGAGAUAACCGUCAAGAUAGACUCCAAAGCUCUCCAAUGCCGGAUCUGCUCCGAGCCCCUCAAGCCACCCAUCUUCAAGUGUGGGGCUGGGCACGUGUUGUGUUGUCAGUGCCCGGAAAAGCUCCGUGAAGUUGGGGACGUUUUGAGGCUGGGUACAUUCUGCGCUCUGUGUUGCAAAAGCACUCGCUAUUCCCGCUGCGUGGAGCUCGAGUGGUUCAUCGACGCCAUGAAAGUGCCAUGCUUGAACCAAUCAUACGGCUGCAACGAGUUCGUCAGCUACCAGCAGAAAGAGAAGCAUGAGAGCUCGUGCGCACAUGCUCCAUGCUACUGCCCAGAGGACGACUGUGCCUUCAAAGCGCCGGCAUGUUGCCUGCUGGACCACUUGGUCACCGCACACGGAUGGUCGCCGACCAACCUCGGUUACAACAAGCCACUGAAGAUCCCCUUGGCUCGAGACUGCCGGUUCACGCUGCUCGUUGGGGAGGACAUGUCCUUGUUCCUCCUGACAAACACUCUGACCAGCAUCGGUAGCGCUCUCGCCGUGGUCUGCGUCAGGCCCCACGAGUCUGAACCGAGCUAUUCGUGCAACAUCUCAGCUGCUCAUGGUGUUGCUGAUGGGAAAUCCGAGGGGAGGCUCGUGUUCCAAAAGAACCCCCAUGUGUCGAGCAGCUCGCUGGAGGGUGGAGUUCAGCUGGGCAACUUCUUCCUGCUGGUUCCUCCGGAACUCGCCGAGAGCUCAUCUGGUGAGCUCACUGUACACAUCCGCAUCGACAGAGUGGCGCCGUAGGGAUCUCAGCUAGAAAGCUGUCGACAGAGUGUUUUGCCAACUCGUCGACAGACAUGUGCCAUAGGGAUCUUGGCAAGAAGUUAUGGACUGAGGCUUUGGGUCACAGAUUUAGUAGGUUCCUUGCAACUAGUGUCACUUAUAAUGACUGCUCUGCGCUGCUUAAUUGCCAUGUAACAGGAGGAAGUAGACUGAGUUUAGAAGAUUGCUUUGUUAUGUAGCUUGCUUUCAUUUGUAAUGGUACAAGUUAUCCUAACUACAGACUCGUUAGUGUCAUAAAUGGGGCUGCUUGAGCUCAAAAAAUAAAUAAAUGGGGCUGCUCUUGGUUA